UCCACCGCUCGUUUUCUUCAUUUUCCUUUUUUUAUUAUUCUUUUUGAUCGAGAGACGAACAUAAAAGCCGUUCUCGGCGUCGGCUGAUCGUAGCGCCCCGAUUCUGAUCGAGCUCGCGCGACCGGAGCCCCAGUCUGGUGUGGCGGUGCCUGGCGAUCAACGCUGGGGCGCACAAUGAAGGGUCUCUUCAAGUCCAAGCCGCGGACUCCGGCCGAUAUCGUGCGGCACACACGGGAACUCCUCGUUUACAUCGACCUCAACGCGAAUUCCAGGGACCCCAAGCGUGAGGAGAAGAUGUUAGAAUUAUGUAAAAAUAUACGGGAGUUGAAAUUUGUUCUCUAUGGUAAUAGUGAAUCAGAGCCAGUUGUUGAAGCUUGUACAAAGUUGACUCAAGAGUUCUUCCGACAGAACACCUUGCGACUAUUAAUAGUUUGUCUUCCAAAAUUGAACUUAGAAGCCAAAAAAGAUGCUACUCAAGUUGUGGCAAAUUUGCAAAGGCAACAGGUUCAAUCAAGGUUAAUUGCUUCUGAUUAUUUGGAAGCCAACAAAGAUCUUUUGGACAUUUUAAUUUCUGGUUAUGAAAACAUGGACAUUGCGUUGCAUUAUGGGGCUAUGCUAAGAGAAUGUAUUCGACAUCAAAGUGUAGCUAGGUAUAUUCUUGAGUCUGAACACAUGCAGAAAUUCUUUGAUUAUAUUGAAAUUCCAAAUUUUGACAUUGCAUCAGAUGUCACUAUCACUUUUAAGGAACUUUUAACACGGCAUAAAUCAACUGUAGCCGAAUUUCUAUCCAAGAAUUAUGAUUGGUUUUUUACAGAAUUCAAUUCAAGGUUGCUGUCAUCCCCUAAUUAUGUCACAAGAAGGCAAGCUAUCAAGAUUUUGGGAGACAUGUUGUUAGACAGGUCAAAUUCUGCUGUUAUGGUCCGCUAUGUUAGCUCAAAGGACAAUCUUAUGAUUCUAAUGAAUCUUCUGAGGGAAUCAAGUAAGAAUAUCCAAAUAGAGGCUUUCCAUGUAUUCAAGUUAUUUGCUGCUAACCAAAACAAGCCACCUGAGAUUACAAGCAUAUUAUUCACAAACAAGGAUAAACUUCUUCGGUUUUUUAGGGACUUCAAGUUAGACAAAGAGGAUGAGCAAUUUGAAGCAGACAAAGAUCAAGUUGUCAGAGAGAUACAAGCUCUGAAGAAGGAGAACUCAUCUGAAUGAAAUUUGUGAUCACACCAUGACCAGUCUCCUAUAUCAUUUGCACAGACCAUCUAUAUAGGGGUGUGGACAGGAGACACUGACCUCUAUUGUGGUGGACAAAGAUGUCAUUAAUAUCAUUUUUGACCAAUAAAUAUCAGAUAUGGGAGAAUGGGACUUGCUAUUUGACCUCAUGAUUGCAGUCUUUUAUGUAAUCAUGUGUUCUUGAGUCAAUUUAGAGUAAAUGGAAGUGAUUAUGCGUAUUAUUUCAGAUUUCUGCUUGUUAUAUUACAGACGCAAACAAAGUUCAGAUUGACUUUGAAUGUACAUAAAUUGAGCGUCUGUGUUUAAUUCAUAAGCAUGCUAUUUUUAUAAAAAUAGAUAUGGAAUAUUUUUUAUAAUUAUAAAAGCAUUUUAUUUGACAA